GUGUGCAGUAACUUGAUGUUUAUUAUAUUUAGUUUCAAAAUCAUAUCAAAACCCAUAUUAGUGCUUUUCUCACUGGUGUUUUUUCGAAAAUUGUAUAAAUAGCCCAACUUUCUAAGUUCUUUAAAACACUAAAUUAUCUUUUCAAUAACAAUGAGCAAGACAGACUUGACAAAUCGAAAGCAAGCCGACACAUUUGUAGAUGAAAAAUCUGCUAGUAUCUCCAGCAAAAAAUAUGCCCCAGUUGAAGAUGACACUGCCUCACACACCAUCCCUUUUCAAAAGUCUGAAGCAGAAAAGAAGUUGGUGCGAAAGAUUAACAUGACACUUUUGCCAUUUGUUGGUGCUAUUGUAUUCAUUCAAUUUGUUGACAAAUCAACGCUAACUAUUGCUGCUGUACUUGGUAUUAUUCAGGAUACACGCUUAACAGGUACACAAUAUAGUUGGCUGGGUUCAUUCUUUUAUAUCGGUUACAUUGCCUUUCAACUUCCCAACAACUAUUUGAUCCAGAAGUUUCCCAUAUCAAAAUACUUGGGAGUGUUAUUAGUUCUAUGGGGUAUUGUAAUGGGGUGUACAGCUCUUUGCACCAAUUUUGCACAGCUGGCUGCAUGUCGUGUAUUACUAGGUUUAUUUGAAGCUGCCACGUAUCCUUGCUUGUUGAUCAUUUUAAAUACAGUUUACCGUCGAUCGGAACAAUCUGCAGCCUUUGGAUUUCUUUGGCUUAGUAACGGUACAGGUACUAUGGUUGGUGCUGCUUUUGCUUACGCCAUUUCGUUCAUGAAUAACGCUCUCGGUAUCCACGCAUGGAAGUGGCCUUAUAUCAUUUGGGGUGCCUUAACUGUUCUCUUUGGUAUUAUCAGUUUCUUUUUCCUUCCUGAUACAUCCGAUUCUUUCAUGUUUAGAUUGACAGAGGAAGAAAAAAAAAUAGUUCAAGAAAGAACCCAAGACAAUGCUGUAGUUCGUGUUUACGAAAUUAAGAGACAUCAUAUUAUAGAAGCACUGAAGGAACCACGUCUCUGGCUCAUUUGUACGUGUACUCUUUUAAAUAAUCUUAGCACUGGCGGUCUUGUUGUAUUUAGUACAAUCAUUGUUCAAAGUUUUGGUUUUGGUUAUAAGGACGCGAUUCUUCUUCAGAUUCCAAACGGAUUUUCUUCGGCUUUUUUCUCCUUAUUGGCUGUAUAUGUUGCACGUAAAACUAACCAAUUAUAUCUUGGUGUUGUGGUUUCUUCUGUGGUAUCCUUGGUUGGUGUUAUUCUUUUGGCGGUUCUUCCUUCCGGUGGAGUGAAGCUUGUGGGAUUUCUCUUGGCUUGGGCUAUGAAUGGUACAGCCGUGAUGUUGUUGACCAUCGCUGCUUCUAAUGUCACAGGAUAUACUAAGAAGCUGUUCUAUAAUGGAAUGAACAUGAUAUUUUUCACCAUAGGUAAUUUCACUGGCCCGCUGCUCAUGCUGGAUUCCGAAAAACCUACCUACAAGACGGGUAUGAUUAUUUUUUGUAUUUCUAAUGCAGUUAUUAUUGUCGCACUUUUCAUCAACCGACAAAUCAUGGCAAAGCAGAAUAAGACACGACUUGCUAAUCCUUCCGGUCGCGUGUUUGAUGCUAAAGAUGAUUUGACUGAUCGCGAAAAUAGCGACUUCAUUUACAAAUUAUAAUCUGUCACAUCACCCAUCAUAUAUUCCCUAACCCCCAAUUUUACUUCAUAUUCCAACUCGUAAUAAAUAUCCUUCUAUCAAAUAUAUAAAAAAAAGAGACUUUGAUUGAUCUGAUCGUUUUUGAAAUUUGAUCUAUGUUUUAAUGUGCGUACAAAAUCUUUUAGAGGUAAAUUGUCUGUGUGCGUGUGUGAGUGUGAGUGUGUGUAUGUGUGAGUGUGAGUGUGUUGAACUAAAAGGUAGCUUAGUCCUUGGUGGGGUAAACCCAUUGAUCAACAGGAAUAGGUGUUUCGAGUUGUUC